CUCUCUCUCUCUCUCUCUUUCUCUCUCUCUCUCUCUCUCUCUUACAAAUGGCAACUGUAAGUUCAACGUUAGUAAUUAAUGCUGGAGAUCAGAAUAUUUCUAAUAGCACUGAGAGUAGUUCUGUUAUCGAUAAUAAAAAUAACGAGUCACAAGUUACACCACUUUUACAAUGUUUUGUUUGUGAUAUAAUUGUAAAAGGACGUUACUAUGCUUUAGCAACAUGUAGAACACAGAAUUCAAGGUCUAAAGUUAUUGAAAAAUUAGGAGAAUUAGUUGGCGAAAGAUACAUGGUUGUCAUAUCAGAAGAUGAUGUGAUUUGUCGAAGUUGUGCUAAUCUUAUUAACACUCUUGAUAGAUUAGAAACAGAAAUGCGUAAUGUGCGAGAAAAUGUUUUACGAUUUUUAGAACAAAAAUAUUCAUUAGAAGAAGGAGAGCUAUUAGGGAACAGUGAAAAACCUAAACUUUCUCAACCGCCUCAAAUUACACGAUCCAAUACUCAUAAUUCUAAUAAAUGUUUUAAAAGAAAAGAUGAUAUACUAUGUGUUAAUACUAUGGAACAUAAUAAAGGCACAAAAAAUGUUUGGAUGCAAUGCGAUAAAUGUAAAUAUACUACGCAUCAUAACUCGUUCAUGAUUCAUCAUAUACGAGAUUACAUAAAACAGAAAGUAUUUUGUGAUACGUGUGACAUACAAUUCUCUGGAGAUCAUCAAGCAAUAAAUCACGAAUGCAAUGUAAAAAAGAAUCAAAACGAAGUGGAAGCUUUAAAAGAGCAUGAAAGAGAAAAAGAUGCUGACGAAGAUCUAACAAAAAUGCCUGAUAUAGAAAGAAGCGUUCAGCAGAAUAUGCCAAUGUUACCAUUCCAUACUUACUCACAAUUGCAAAUUACUAAUGAAAAUAUACCUGUGAUACGGUUAGCAAACCCUGAAAACUUACAUAUUCCAAAUAUUCUUGAACAUGAUGAAACAUCUACUUCGGAUCAACCGAUGUAUGUUAGAGUAUUACAGCAUAUUAAUGUCAAUGAAAAUUUUAUGCAUCCUACAGAACUAGCAUCAACGCAUAGUGACGUUGAUAUGAUGGUUAAAGUUAAAGAUAGUUCAACUAAGCAAUUAUUAACUUUAACAGAAGAUGGAAAUUUGGAAAUGGUAGAGGUAGCAUGUUGGAACGACGUGCAAUCAGCAGAUCCAGAUCCAGAUACGGAUAUGCAUUUCUGAUAUACAAGACAAAGUUGAUUAAUAAUAAUUAUUAUAUUCUUUAUAAAAAACUUUCAUCCCAGAGUAAUUACAGAGGAUGAUUGUAUAAAGUAAUGUCUCGUUUGUAGACAUUUGUAUAUUUAUACUAAUGCAUUGCCACAUAAUUACAUUUUUAUCAGCUA